AUGAUUGAAGCAGCCUACAUCACACUAAAAUCCUGUUCUGGAGUUGCCUUGAUGUCCAACUUUGAGCAAUUGCUGCGUGGCAUCUGGAAGCCAGAAACAAAUGAGUUCCUUCAUAUGACCUUACAGGAGAUUCGGGUGUUCCUGACAGCAACUCACUCCCAUGCCUCCCCAUUUGCCCCUCUGGAAAAUGUGGUGUGUCCCAUCCUCUUUGGCUCUGCAUCUGGCAGUCAUGAUAAUCACCACCACCACCACCACCAUCAUGGAGGCUUGCAGGAGCCAUCCCUUCCGUCGCCACCUCAGAUGCCAGCCAAAUCAAGGGAGGAGCUCAACGAAGGAACUCGGAAACGGAAAGCCAAGAAAGUAGAAUGAGCUUCAAAGAAGGCUGGCGGAUCCAUCUGAAGCACCGCAACUUUGCUGCAAACCUUGUGGGACUCGUGGCCUUCCAAAGACAUGGUUGGAGGAAGCUCCUGGAAAGACCAGUCCUCUUCUUCUGGCCCCUGCCAUGGUUUUCCUGCCCUGUCACCUGUGAGCCGCAGAACUAUUGUCCGAAUGGACCUUUCGUUACAGAUUCUAGCUCAACCUCUCCUCUCCUCUUGGUCUCCUCCCCUUCCUAAGCCGCACCAGUGGAAAAGCUGGGAUGUGUUUUGGUGUCUCCUCCAUAUGGCAGACAGAGAGAGAGAGAGAGAGAGCUUCUUACCCUGCAAAACUACCCAGGGAUCUUCAACCCAGGCCAUCAUUAACAGUACCCUAAGGCCAUUGAUACUUUUCAAGGGCAGAGAAGCGUUGCAGAUGGAGUGACUGGCGUUUCACUCUCUACAUCAAUACUUUGGAUGUCUUACUUGGUUGCCAUUUGUAUAGAGGCCUUGAGCAUAGGAGAAGACCAUUGCUGCUGUUGCUGCUGCUGCUCUUUGGGCUGUUGCUAUUUGUGUAUGUGUGUUAGCAUGUUGCCAUUUGUAUACACCUCUCCAAAGUUUGAUGAGUUUUGCUGUAGGAAAGGAAACCAAAGCAACUACUGAGUGUUUCAAUCCUAGCCACUUUGCCAAACACUGUGAGACAUGCAUGUAAAUUAUUUAUUGAUUGAUGCUCCUUCCCCGGGGAUAAUUAUUUAUUGUUGCCAAGGAUUUUAAGCAGUUUGCUUCCUCUUACCAUGUCUCUUCUGCAAACAGUUGGGUUGUUUCUAAUGAACUGAUUUGGAUUCUCUGGUUGUUUUCCUCCUUCGAGUAAGAGAUGAUAAAAGUGAGGGGCUAUUAUUGGCAGAGGGGAGAAUUAGCUUCCAGCAGCUACGUAAGCCUGUAGGAUGCCUACAGAAUUCGUGCACAUGAAUUAUGGUUUAUUUACAGAUUUUGUCUAGGAAGUCAAAGCUAGACUGUACGAAUAAUGGAGCCAUGGUGAGCAGUGGUUAGAGUGCAGCACUGCAGGCUAUGUCAGCUGACUGCUAGCUGCAUUUCAGCCAU